AAAUAAAUUAAAAAAAUAUAUACAUAUGUAUGUGUGCGAGUACAAUACAAAAAAUAUACAUAAAAUUUUACAUUUCGUACAUAUUUAGAUACUGCUAAAAAAUUUGUAUUUUAUGAAAACUGCUGUAAAUGCCUAAUUGUAUAGAACACAAGUAAAUUUCGGAUGGCUUUUGUUCGACCAAACGUUUUUCGACCUUCGCUAUCAAUUAAAUUACAAUUAUUUUUAAUAAAAUAUAAAUGAAAAAUAUAAUAUAUACAAAAACAGUAAAAUAAAAACUUAAAUAUACAUAUUUUGCUCAUAAAAGUUUUGAAACCAUAUAAAAAUAAAAAGUUACAAAUAAAACAAAAAAAUAUUCUCAGAAAAACCAAACACAAAAAAAAAUUAUUUUCAAAAAAGCGCUUUCAAUACGCAAAUGCUUAGUAAUUUCAAAAAUAUAAUGCUAAAUUUCACAAUGCCAACAAAAAAUCGUGUGAAAAUGAAAAACAAACUAGCGAUGAGCGUAUUUAAAAAUGGGCUACGAAAUCAGCGCAAUGUGAAAGGAAAAUUGCGAAACAGUCAAGCAGUUAGCCUCGUUAUGCGGUGCUUCCAAGUUUUUGCACUUGUUUACUUUUCCAACACAUACACGCUCGCACACAUACAUACAUACAUAUACGAAUUUGUAAGUCUGUAUUUUUGUGAACGCGAAAUUGUCGUAAUUUCUGCUUGUUUACUUUUAUUUAAUAGACAUUUCCUUAUUUUCAACUACCAAACAAUAAAAAAAAAUCUAAGCAAAAGUCUCGGACUGCAAGAGCGCUUGCUCGUUAGCGACUAUGUUUGGUAUUUCUGAGAAGAAAUUUUAUAUAUGUAUGUAUGUAGUUAUGUAUAUCUAUGUAUGUUAGGACAAUGCCUUUCGGCGCUUCACCAACAGCACGUGACUUUGUCUAGCACCAAUUAGUAGUUGUAGUAGCAUUUUUCCUCAAUUUUGUAUCAUGAAAUCCAUUGUGGCAACACAGCGCCGCAGUAAUACCGGAAAAAGCAUAAAUAACAACAAAACAUGCAACCAUGACGGCACACUUUGAACGCGCCGCAUAAAGUAAUAGACAACAAAAUCUAAAAAAAACGUGCCGUAAACGUGAACGAUUGGCGAUGACGGCGACGCAUCAGCUGUGAGCUGUGAGCCAUGAGCGCAGCAAAGUAAGCACUCUCCAACUACACGCUGCUGACAAGCGCACUCUCAAACUCCCCCCUACCUAUCAACACCUUGACGAUGCGCUGUAGUGCAACGACAACAAAGGACAAGCAUAAAUACACACAUACAUACAUAUAUACAUUGCAGUAGUGCAUUAUAUGUGUAUUGUGUUUACUCUACGCAUAUGGAGAGUCUCCCAGCAGUGCACCUGCACACUCACUCUCUAUCGCUUGUGCGCUCUCUGAGAAUUUUGUUUAUUUCAUUACUAGUUUUGUGCUUGCUUUUUUGCCGGCUUUGAAGUCAAGCGUGCCGUUCCCGUUAGCCCAUCUUCAGCUCUUUCCGCGCACAUUGACGAUUCAAAGAUCACUAUUACCACAACUAUCAACAUCUGCAAACAACACCAACAACAUUAGCCCCACUACUGCAGACACACAUAUAGACAUAUAUGUAUAAUGUGUGUGCGUGUGUGCGUGUACAGCAGUAGCGAUAGUAACAGCAGCUGCAGCGGUAGUGUGUGGUUUUAGUCUUGUUUCGCAAAUCAAACGCUACGGUACACAAAGCAACAAAAAACAACAAGAGCGUUAGGCGAAUGCAAGAACGAUUGUGCAGUGCAUUAUAUAAAUAUAUAAUACUAUAUACAUAACUACACAUAUGUGUGUGGAGCAAUAAGCAGAACUCGGCUUACGGUCAGCUGAGCAAGCAAACACACACACAAACAAAUCGGUCGGAACGCUGAAAUGUUAAUUAAUGAGAUAAGCGCCGAUACUAAACACUUAGUAUAAAUACAAACAUAAAUACAACAAACUUACGUAUACCAUAUUUGCCAAAGUCCAAAGAGAAAAUGCCAACUAUAAGAAAAAUAUUACGAGAAUAUCCAAUCUGACGUAUGCACAUAGACGCUUAUGUAUGCAUUUACAUACAACAACCAAUAUGUUAAUCAUAAGACUAUGCCACCUAGUGCCAGCAACAACAACAACCUAACCUAAGUAAACCCACCAAGAACAAAAGUGCCCAAAAUAUCACCACAACGCAAAAAAACAAAUCCAAGCGCCGAACGAUUUGCUGCGUGAAUAACAAAUAAGUAUAAGCAACAGCAGAAUAUUACGUUUCAAAAGAACAGCGCUGAACAAAAGUCACAACGACACGAAAAUAAUAUGCGCGGAUAAUAGCGAAAGCAGGAAGCAAAACAAGUAGUGUGAACAAAAUAGCCCACCGAUAAAGAAAAGCAGUUAAACAGUGCCAACAAAAUAAAAAAAACAAAAAGCAGAUAAAAAGAGCAUUUAAAAUAACAAAACAAAAAACAAAAACAACAAUUGAAAAUAUCAAAAGUUCAACAGCAGCAGUAACAGCAACAUAUCCACCCCCCAAUCGAACAAACAACCAAACAAUACAAUACCAAAAACAAAUAGUGAUAAAAAAAAACAAUAUAUAUAUAUUUAUAUAUAUAUAUAUAUAUACAACUAUUCAAAGCAAACAACAAAACACAGCGUUCCAGCGUAAAAUAUGAAGCAAACACGUAAGGUUGCUCCCGAUGGCGGUUGGGGCUGGGUGGCCUGCUUCGGCGUCAGCUUAGUUAAUUUGGCCACCCGCUCGAUAGAGCCCUCUUUUGGUCUGCUCUUCGGCGAUUUACUACGCGAUCUCGAUGUCGGCACCACCGGCGCUGCCAUUAUAAUGAGCACACUCGAUGUGUGCAUGAAUUUCUCAGGUCUCUUCGUCGGUCCACUGCUGAAGGAGUUCUCCUACCGCAAAGUGGCUAUUGCCGGUUCACUGCUCUGUGGCAUCGGCUUGGCGGCCACCUCACCGGCAGCCAGCAUGGCGCACAUACUCAGUACGUACAGUGUAAUUAAUGGUAUUGGUGUCGGUCUAUCUACGUCGGCCGCCUUUGUCGCCCUCAAUCACUAUUUCAAGUAUAAACGUGGUCAAGCCGUGGGUCUCUCUAUGGCCGGCACUGCGUUAGGUAUGCUGAUCAUGCCACAAUUGGUACGCAUAUUACUCGAAGCUUUUGGUUUCCGUGGCGCUGUGCUAAUGUUGGCCGGCAUCGCGUUGAAUUCGACAGUUGGUGCUGUGCUCUUACAACCCGCCAAAUGGCAUAUGAUCGAUGAGGUGAUUGAUGAGGAAUUAAUGACAGUGCCAGUGUCACCGCCAACACCGGACGUGAAGGUCAUACAAGAGGAUGCCGCAGAAGAAGAUGCCCUGCCCGAAUUGAAUACUCUACUCUUUCCCAAACAGCAAUAUAUGCGUAAGAAUUACUCGGAAAUGGCAAUGAAUACGAUGAACGGCACUCGUGUGGGUAUGCCGAAGCGUCCCACUUUCCCGCGCAUCAUGUCACUAGCUGGCGUACAAUCAGCGAUGAAUAACAGUCAGUCACAUGGCGAUGUUAAUGUGACAUUGCGCAACCGCAAGCACUCGGUCACGUCAAAUCUCUCCUAUAUGGACUUCACCGGUUCCAUACUGCAAGUGCAUAUGAAUGUGGGCGAUGAAGAGUUCGAACGUAAUGAUCGUGAGUUGAAGCGUGUCAACACAGCAGCGAGUGGCAUGGCGAAUGCACAUCGUGACUCUUUUAUAAAAAUGCGCCCAACAGAGACUGAGAAGAAUGAAGAACUAGCAGCUAAGGAAGCGGAGAAGAAACCAGGUUUCUGGUGUCGUUUCGCAGAUCUCAUGGAUGUGGACUUAUUACGGGAUAAGAAAUUUUUAAAUAUACUUUUCGGUCUGUCGAUCUUCUAUGUGGGAGAGAUGAAUUUCAAAAUGGUCACGCCAUUCUUUUUUGCCAAUUUGGGCUACAAUAAGACCGAUGUAGCAUUCUGUUUAUCGAUAACAGCCAUCACAGAUAUUGCAGCACGUAUAAUACUCCCGCCUAUCUUCGAUCGUACAACCAUCAAAAAGCGCACGGUGUUUUUAGUAUCCAUCAUCUUUGUGGGCAUCACGCGUUCGAUCAUGGCUGAGCAAACCGAAUGGACUUCACUAAUGGUUUGGUUAUCGAUUUGCGGUUUCUUCCGUGGCUCUGCAUUGGCGAACUUCACACUCACCGUUUCCGAAUAUUGCUCGUUGGAGAAAUUACCCUCUGCCUUCGGUUGGCAUUUGGUUGGUAAAGCUGUAUUUGUUAUCUGUCUGGGGCCGCUGAUCGGUCUGAUUCGUGACGUCACCACCAGUUAUCCCAUCUGCAUACACGCACAAACCGUUUGCAUAUUCCUUUGUGUAUUCGCCUGGGCGAUCGAGUAUUUGAUAACAUAUUUGAAAGAGAAAAAAUCUAACGGGGGCAUCAAUGCCACAAUCGGACCCGAGACUAAUAUCAAACACUAACCCGUGCUUAAUUUCGUGAGAAAGGGAUAUUUUUGUACGAAAAUAGUAGAAUCGUAUAUAUAUACUAUUACACUAUGAUAUAUAUACACACACAUAUACUUAUACAUUUAUGUAGUUAGCUAUAUAUAUAUAUAUACUUUUAUAUAUAUAAGAUUAUUUACAUACAUAUGUAUGUAUUUAUGUAUAUUGUUGAAAUAUAUGUAUUGUACUUAUGCAGUGAGAGAAAUUUCUUUAUAUAUACUUUGUGUAGCAAUGUAUGGUUUAUUAGUUAAAUACUUACAUAACUGUAUGUAUGUGAGUUAGUGUUUAAUUAUCAAUUAGAACAAAAACACAGCAUACUACUCAUAAAUAAAUGAUAAAUGAUGUAUGUAUGUAUGUACAGCGCCGUGUGCAUACGAGAAAUGUGCGAUUUCCAAUGUGAUAGUUCAAAUUAUGCUUAUAGAUCGUAAGGCUAGAGAUACGACACGUGCGUUUGACGGUGUUACACUGUAACUGUACUCUUUUUUUAUACAAUUUUCUAGCGAACACAUGAAACCAUAGAGCCCAAUGACACAUAAAAAAGAGAGUUAAAGUUAAAACAAGAAAAAAAAAAUACCGUGAAACUUUAUCGUAUUGAAUUGAAUUUGAAACGGCAAAAUAGUUUGAAGAAAAAAAUGAGAAAGGAAUAAAAAAAAUCGGAAGUAUUACUUACAUACACACGUGUGUGCAAAAUUAAUAACUAAGCAAAACUAAUUUCAUUUUACUAAUAUUUUUUCAUGGUUAUACGUUUAUGUAUGACUUCUUAAGCGACUUUCGCUAUACUUAUUUAGUUAAUUAUGAAAUCUAGUGUAUGUAAAUAGGCAUUAUUAAAAUUUAGUAUAGUUUAUUAAGUUUUCUGUUGUUAAAACAAAUUUUUUCCUUUUGUGCUUUUAGUGCUUAAGUAAUGAUUUCUGCCUUCAAUAUAUACUUUCAUUAUAACAUUUUUUUGUCCUUUGUUUAAAUAAUUUUUUUACAAUGUUUAUUUUUUCUUAAUUAUUAUUAUCUUUUUUUCAAAUUAGUAACAAAAGAUAUUUUCAGAAUUUAGCAAAUACUUAAAUAUUUUUGUAGUACAAAAUUUAACAUUUGUGCUUUCAAAUUGUUUAAUUAAAUCUUAAAAACAUGUGAAACUGUACUUAAACACUUGCAUCUAAGAACAAACUGUUGGUUAUGAUCAAGUAGAACACACUUAUUAAGCAGUAACGGAAUAACAUAUUUUUAUUUUUCGAUUAAAAAUAAAUAUUUGCCAGUGCUUAUAUAAAAAGAAAUAUUAAUUCUGUAAAUUUUAAUUUAAAAAUUCCGAAUGAUAUAUUGUAAAUACAUACUGUAAAUAUUAACACCCAAAUUAAAAAACAAAUAUAUAUACAUAUAUACUAUAUUUAUAUACUUAAUAAGCUAAAAGUAUAUAGUUUUCAUUCUUUUUGAAAUUUUUAGUAGGUAUUACUGAAUUCAUUUAUAAAAAAAAAUAAAAUAAAAUUAUUCAAAUACAGCGUCUACCAAAUAGGUGAUUUUGACAGCUCGUGACGGUCAGAUUUGUUUACGUUUUUGUCUAAACUUUUGUCAGUGUGUUCAGGGGGGUUAGCUAUUUCGUAAUGUCAGGUUUCACUUUUAUAGAGCGCUUGAAAAUUUUCCAAAAUUAUUACGCGAAUUCACUUUCUCCAACAAACAAAAUUGUCGCUAUUGGGGUGAGUCAAAUCCUCGUGGGGUUCAGGAAACACAAUUGCAUCCCCAAUAAUUUACCGUUUGGUACAGAUUGUGGUAUGGCGGCAACAUAGGACUUUAUUUCUUUCGAAAUGAGACAGAAAAUGCCGUUACCAUCAAUAGCGAGCGUUAUAGCACGUUGAUGACGGACUUGUUUCACACGGCAUUUGAGGAAAUCGAAGCGGAUGAUGAUAGUGAUGGCACUAUUUCCAACAAGAUGAUGUGCUGCCUCUUGUUUCAUGUAUAAACAUGGACACAUUGUGUGCAAAGUUUGGCAACUCGUUAAUUUUGAGAAAUGUCGGCCAAGAUCAUGCAAUUUAACGCCUCUAGGUUAUGGGGUAUGUUAAAUCAAAGGUAUACGCCAAUCAACCAGUAAAGCUCGAGGAGCUCGAAGACAACAUUCAGCACACUAUAGUCGAAUAACGUUUAUGAAUUUUUAUCAUAUGUAAUAUUAUUCGAAUAAGAAGACAUCCUAACAAGCUUGAAGACGACAUCUAACGGCCAGGCCAGUGGAUUAUUUGAGAAGUUUUUUCUAUACAAAAGAACAUUUGACGUUGUCCGACUCAAAAAAACCGACUACUGUUACGAGGAAAUACCAAUCAUUUCAGAUUUUAGUUCGCGAAAUAUAGAAUAAUAAUCGUGCAUUCAAAUUUUGUUGUUGUGGCGAUGAAUAAAAAUAUUUAUAAAACAAUAACGUUAUAUUUGAGUAGAGAAAUAUCGGACAAAUACACAGACAAAAUAGGAAAGUUUAAGUAUAUCUCAAAUAAUAGACUUUUAACAAUGAGAGUUUUAUGAACUAUGCGUUAAGGAGAUAUAUCCGCUUGCAAUUCAGAAAAAAUGUUUAUUAAGAGGUACUUUAUUUAUAUAUAACACAGAUUACACUACACUUUAGAAUUAAAUAAGAAAAACAUUUUAUACACUUUAUUUCCAAUAAUUUAGCAAAGUUGCAUUUCUGCCUGCCUCAUCUAUAUUACCAAAGCAAUACCUUACGUUAUAUCCCUUAACGUCUUUUUCGUUGACUGGGUUCACUUGUUUUCGUACUAGAUACUGUUUGCAACCCUGCACAAUGUUUUCAUUAAGCUGUCAACUGGGUCAGUCGCCAGCACAGCUGCUAAAGUUUUGCAAUUUUGGAAUAAUUAUAAGAAUUUUACUAAUUUUCUCACAAAGGAAUUGUUAAAAUGGUGAUACAACAAGUAAAAACAGUGCUAUUAAGCAUUAUAAAGUUAUUAAGGCGAAUGAUGUGCUGUUUCUCAUUUGGGCGGCGACGCAAACCCAGUUUUUCAGAGCCAAUGGAAAUAAAAAUAGUUGUUGAUGGGGGAAAAGCGACAUUACCGGUGGGAGCGCAGUCGCCGAAUUCUACACGGUUAUCACAAACACAACACGUGGAAAGAGACUGGAAUACUUGGGAUGAUAGUCCGCGUACGGUCACAGAGCACAUUGAACAGUAUCGACAAAGGCUAGCUAAACCGCCAACGCCACCAGCAGCAGAGCAAGAACCAGAUUUCUUCACAGAAUUAACGCCCGUCAUAAAACCUCAACCAAAAUACUACCUCGGUGGCGAUAACACUGAUAAAGCGAAUUUUUCCAGAUUAGAAGCUAAAACCGACGUGCCAAUAACAAUGAAUGCUGAUCUUGAGGACUGGGUAGACGAUUCAGUCGAUGGUGGCUGGGAUGAACUAGACACGGAGCAAACUAAGCAACUGAUACGUGAAAAUCGCCGACAGAUGCGUCAACAACGUCAACAGAAAAACUCCAAAACUGCCGGAAUUGAAACCUCCCAAAUGGGACGUGGCGCCCAGCCUAGUCGUACAUAGUACAGGUGGUCAUCACGGGAUCACUACGAUACGAUGCAUAUACUGACAUAAGGAAUUUGAGUGCAAUUUUGAGUGAAUGUUUUAUUUUGUAAUUGGUUUGGUAAUUAUGCGUUUGUAAAUACACUAUUGGUAGAUACAUACACACACAUAAUACUAAACACAUUUUAAAAGUGCAUGCCUGAUUAUGAUUUUAUGACUGCUUUAUUGUUGUAGUAAAUUUAUGCCUAAGAAAUUGAAAUGUAAAAAUUUGAAAAUUUGAAUUAAUUUCAAUUUGUUCAAUUUACAUUCCUAAAAAACAGUGCGAUUUUGGUUUCUUUUCGAAAAAUAAUUGCAUUAAACAUUGCACGUGAAGGUUUUUAUCAAAUUAUAUGAAUAUAUCAUAUAUAAGCAUAAUACUUAAGUGUUAAAUGUUAUUAUAGUUUGCUGUACAAACUAAUUUUCCAAAACUAGUAUCAUGUGUUGUAAAUGUUUGUAACUAAAACUUUAGACUAAAUAAAAAUUUUAAUAUACCA